AUGACAGACAUCCAAGCAGAAAGCUCAAGCGCGAGAAAGCCGGUCCCGGUGACCUGCUUUACGGGGUUCCUUGGAGCUGGCAAAACGACCACCAUCCUCGGUCUGCUCAAGCAGUUACCAAAGGACUACAAGGUAGUCCUGCUGAAAAAUGAGUACGGGGACGUCGAAGUCGACUCGCUGCUGGCUUCUCAGUCCAACAUCACUGGUGUCUCCGAGAUCUUGAACGGUUGCCUCUGCUGCACGAUGGUCGGUCUCGUCGAGAACGCCAUGAUCGAAGUACGGGACAAGUACUCGCCCGACAGGAUCAUCAUCGAGUCCAGCGGAUCAGCCUUCCCAGCGACUCUGGCACUUCAGAUCCGUCAGCUUGAGCCGCAGGGGUUCAAGCUGGACGGCGUGGUGACCGUUAUUGACUGUGUCAACUUUAGAGGAUAUGAAGAUACUUCACCAUCAGCCAAGCUCCAAGCGAAGUAUACCGACCUCCUCUUGCUCAACAAGCAUCAGCUCGUUUCCGAGAACGAGUACGAUAUCCUGAUGGACCAUCUCGGCACGCUCAAUGACGAGACGCCUCGAAUCAGGAUCGGCGCCGAAGGGGAGGGGAUGGACCCAGAGGUCAUCUUUGGGCUGGAUACGGGUCUAUGGGAGAAGUCUGGGGUGGAGGGGAAGAGCUGGGCUGAGUUGGGUGGGCAGGCCGAGGGGUGGCAUGGAGAUGAGGUGGAAGUGCGGGCUGUGCGGAGAGGAGGGUCGAGGAAGAAGGGGUGUGGGGGAGGGCAUGAGGGACACGAGCACGGCUCCGGGUGUGGCGUGCAGGAGGUGGAUACGAAUGGGAAUCUGGAUGAGGAGGCUCGGGAAGUGGAACCGCUUGAUCGGGACGUCUUGGAUGGAGAAUUGGCAAAGCUCAGCUUUGAGAUCUACCGAGUGAAAGGAAUAGUCCGGCUAUCUCCCGCCACAUCGUCCUCGUCCCCGUACACCACACAUAUCCUCAAUUACGCUUUCGGCCGAUACGAUCUUACCCCCUUCCCAUCGCUCGACUCGGAUCCGGAAUUGCAAGGCGUGAGCGUGCGCUUGACGGUGAUGGGUGAGAGGGGCGAGGUCGCGCGGCGUGCCAAGCGUUUCGCAGAGGGAUUAGGAGCAUACGUCGAAUGA